AUGGCUACUCCAUUGAAACAUCUCAAAGUAUCGCCCAAAGAGGCACAUACAGCUACCGUGAUCUUCUUCCAUGGUCUAGGCGACUCUGGUCAUGGAUGGCUACCCGUAGCAAAAAUGCUGUGGUCCUCCUUUCCCAAUGUAAAAUGGGUAUUACCUCAUGCUCCCCAGAUCCCAAUUACGCUAAACGGAGGCAUGAGGAUGCCAGGAUGGUUUGACAUAGCAGGUUUAGAUAAUUUGACUGAUUCGAAAUACGACGAUGAGAAAGGACUUCUCGCUUCAGUGGCAGCAGUAGACGCUUUGAUUCAAGCUGAAGUGGAUAGUGGUAUACCUGAAAACAAGAUCAUAGUUGGAGGAUUCAGUCAAGGUGGUGUCAUCAGUGUUUUAACCGCUUUAACCACUGAAAGAAAAUUAGGUGGUGUGAUUGGAUUAAGUACUUGGGUCGCAUUAAGUCAUAAAGUUGAUGAGAUCAAGUCAACUAAUGCAGCUGAUAUUCCGAUGUUCUGGGGUCAUGGAACUGCUGAUCCAACAGUAGGAUACGAGUAUGGUCAACAAUCAAUCGAAUUGUUAACUAAGAGACUCAACUUCCCACUUCUUUCACCUGGAACGAAAUUUGCCAGACCUGGCUUGAGGUUUGAAUCGUAUCAAGGAUUAGGACACUCAUCUUCACCUCAAGAGAUCAAUGAUAUGAAAGUUUGGUUGACUGAAGCUCUCAAAUAA